AUGAGCCGUGUGGAGCCAGAGGGCGGGGAGAGCUUCGAGAAGCUGUACCAGGUGGGCGCCGUCCUGGGCAGCGGCGGCUUCGGCACGGUCUACGCGGGCAGCCGCGUCGCCGACGGGCUCCCGGUGGCGGUGAAGCACGUGGUGAAGGAGCGGGUGACGGAGUGGGGCACCCUCGGCGGCGCGGCCGUGCCCCUGGAGGUGGUGCUGCUGCGCAGGGUGGGCGCGGCGGGCGGCGCGCGCGGCGUCAUCCGCCUGCUGGACUGGUUUGAGCGGCCCGACGGCUUCCUGCUGGUGCUGGAGCGGCCCGAGCCCGCGCAGGACCUCUUCGACUUCAUCACGGAGCGCGGCGCCCUGGACGAGCCCCUGGCGCGCCGCUUCUUCGCGCAGGUGCUGGCGGCCGUGCGCCACUGCCACGGCUGUGGCGUGGUGCACCGCGACAUCAAGGACGAGAACCUGCUGGUGGACCUGCGCGCCGGCGAGCUCAAGCUCAUUGACUUCGGCUCGGGCGCGCUGCUCAAGGACACGGUCUACACCGACUUCGACGGCACCAGAGUGUACAGCCCCCCGGAGUGGAUCCGCUACCACCGCUACCACGGGCGCUCCGCCACCGUGUGGUCCCUGGGGGUCCUGCUGUAUGACAUGGUCUGCGGAGACGUCCCCUUUGAGCAGGAUGAGGAGAUCCUGCGGGGCCGCCUGCUCUUCCGAAGGCGGCUCUCCCCAGAGUGCCAGCAGCUCAUUGAAUGGUGUCUUUCUCUGCGGCCCUCUGAGAGGCCCUCACUGGACCAGAUUGCUGCCCACCCCUGGAUGCUGGGGGCGGAAGGAAGUGUCUUUCAGAGCUGUGACCUCCGGCUCUGUGCCCUGGACGCUGAUGAUGGGGCUAGCACCACAUCCAGCAGUGAGAGCUUGUGAGAGGGGCCCGACUCCCCCUGACUUGGGAUGCCUCCUGCAGAAGCAGUGAUCUUUGACCCAUGGUGACCUUUGCCCUUGGCACCGGGCCUGUCUCCUUAGCUUUGAGUGCCUUUUUGAACGCUGCUCCAUGGGACUGGGUUUCCUUGAGCUCUUCUGUCCGUCCAAAGACCGCUCCGGGUGAAGCGAGGUCCUGCCUGCCCUGGGUGGAUACUUGAACCUGAGACCUCUCCCACCCGGCUGCCGGGACCUGGGGCGGCCUUCCUGUCAGGCCCAGAGCUCGCCCACCCACCACCCUCCAGUCUCAUGGUGUUCGUCUGGGCUGUCCAUGCACAAGCAAUGCAACAGCCGGGCCGAGCUGCCCGCCUGCCUCCCUGCGCACUCGAUCUGUGUCUGUACCAGCGUCUGCGUCUGUUAUUUAUGGUGUGACCCCCCCACCCCGCAGGGCACCCCUGUCCUGCUGGGGGCUAUUUAUUGCUUAAUUUAUUUGCCGAGGUUACUUCCUCUGAAUGGGUGUCUUCUCCAGGCCCCUGGGGGUGGAUGGCUGUAGGGUUGGUACCCCGCCCUGCUUCCACCAUCUGGGAGGAAGAACUUGUACAGUGACUAAUUGAAGGGAGUGGGUGGUUGCCACCCUGGGCACUGCACUGGGGUCUGUUUUAAAUUAUUGACCUGUACAGUCCGCUUGCUGGCUCUGGAAGCUGGGUGGGACAGAGUCUCAAGCCCUUAAUUUAUUUUAGCAGCUGUGUUUGACCCGGUGUGAUUAGGCACCGGGGUGGGGUUCUUUCAGUUCAAAAGCGUGAGAUGUCUGAAGAUCAUAUUUUUUAUACAAGCAUUUCAAUUACAGUUCUUCUUUUGUACGUAA